AUUAAAUAUUUUGCUUUUUAGAUGUCUUUGAUUUGUUAGAAAGGUGUGGAACAGCAUGAAAGCCAUUUGUACUUUAACCAUGAAAGGAAGAUUGUUACUACUUAAGUUUACUUCAGUGACAAAUUGCUUUCGACAAAAUUCAGCCCACAGGACACAAACAUGAUCUUGGCCACACCUUGGCAUUACUUGCUGGUUUGCAGCAUUUAUUUCCCUGUCCUUUUCUGAAACCCAUUCAACAUGGAAUCAAACAAUGGCAUCUCUGGCAAGAAUCCUCCUAGAUACACAAUGAAAAAAUAUUUCUGAGCUUUGCAGGUGAUAACACAAGUGCCACACAGUGAUGUCAGGGCCAAAGUCACGGUGCUGUAGGAUGGCUUUAGUGUUUAGAACCGUGGCACAAUUAGCUGGUAUUUUGUUAUCCUUGCUGGGAUGGGUUUUAUCCUGUCUUACAAACUAUCUGCCACAGUGGAAGAACCUCAACCUGGAACUAAAUGAAAUGGAGAACUGGACGAUGGGACUCUGGCAAACCUGUGUCACCCAAGAGGAAGUGGGGAGGCAGUGUAAGGACUUCGACUCUUUCCUGGCUCUGCCUGCUGAGCUCAGGGUCUCCAGGGUUUUAAUGUUCCUGUGCAAUGGGCUGGGAUUUCUGGGCCUGCUGCUGUCUGGAUUCGGCCUGGACUGUCUGAAGAUUGGGGAGAGUCAGCGAGAUCUCAAGAGGCGACUGCUCAUGCUGGGAGGGACCUUGUUCUGGACAUCGGGGAUCACAGCCCUGGUCCCUGUCUCUUGGGUGGCCCACUCGACGGUUCAGGAGUUCUGGGAUGAGACCCUGCCAGAGAUUGUCCCCAGGUGGGAGUUUGGGGAAGCCCUCUUUAUGGGCUGGUUUGCUGGAUUUUUCCUUGUGCUAGGAGGAAGUCUGCUCAGCUGUGCAGCUUGCUCUGGCCAAGCUCCUCUAGCUUCAGACCACUAUGCAGUGGCAGAGAUGCAAGAUCAUUGCCAAAACCUGGAGAUGAAAAGCACCAAUCUGAAAGUCUAA